UUUCAGUACAAACAUUUUUAUAAAAACGUUUAUGAAGAGGAUAACUUGGACCAAAUAGUUAAGAAAAGCAGCCAAUAAGUGCCCAGAAUAGCUCUUUGGUUUCCCAGGAAUAACCUCAACAAGCUCACCAAAUGCAGAUUGGAAAAGAGUUUGUGAGGCAAAACAGCUUCUACAAGUGUGUGAUAAAUGAUGAGGAUGGAAGCUUGGAUUCUGCAGAUGUGUUUGAGUUGGCUUUUAAAGGAAAUGCUUCAGCCGUCGACCGGCUGAGACGGAAAAGUCGGGAACACCUGAGUACCAGGGAUGAGAAUAGAGCUAGCCCAUUGCACUAUGCUUCAGCCGGUGGAAACCUGGAUGCAAUUCGGCUCAUAGUUUCUGUUGUGGGCUCUGAGGAGCUGAAUGCGCAGGAUGAACAGGGCAGAACCGCUUUGCACUGGGCUGUGGAGCGGAAUCAGACGCAGAGCUGUGCAUUACUGCUGGAGCUGCGUGCUGACCCCAACAUCCUCAACACCGCCAUGAUGGCUCCUCUGCAUCUGGCUGUCACAAACAAAUACAACCAUCUGGUAGAGCUCCUUCUGGCCUGUGACAGAACAGAUCCCAAUUUGGAGGGGGACCUGGGUAACACCCCCGCGAUGAUGGCAUGCUCCAGCAAUAACUGCCAAGCUUUCCAGACUCUAUUCAAACACGGUGCAAAAAUGUGCAGUCAGAACAAACUGGGUCACUACGCCAUUCAUACGGUUGCUUUCGCAGGUGCCAAAGAGUCUAUGGAAAUGGCUUUAAAAAUUGGAGAAGAAAUGGGUAUUUCCACUUUAGUUCACAUUAAUUAUCUGGACAAGACCAAAAGCAGCCCCCUUCAUCUGGCUGUACGUGGGGGGAACAUAGAGGUCAUCAAACUUUGCAUCGCUAAAGGAGCCCGAGUGGAUCAGCAACAGUGUGACAAAUCCACGGCCCUCCACUUUGCCUGCACUCAGGGUGCCACGGAGGCGGUCAAAAUCAUGCUUUCGUCCUAUGACAGAGUGGAAGAGAUUAUCAACAUCAGGGAUGGAGCCAACCAGACCCCUUUACAUAGGGCCACACUGUUUGAUCACAUUGAAUUGGCUGAAUAUCUGGUUUCAAAGGGAGCAGAAAUUAACUGUAUGGACUGCAAGGGACUGUCGCCUCUGCUGCUGGCAGCCAGCUCUGGUGCUUGGAGAACAGUGGUAUUUUUACUGUCAAAAGGUGCAGAUUUCAAAAUCAAAGAUAAAGGGGGACGCAACUUCCUCCACUUUGCCACUCUUCAACCCAAAGGUCUGAAAAAUCUACCUGAUGCAGUCUUACAGAGUAACACAGUGAAAGAAAUGUUGUCUGAUGAGGAUGUCGAGGGCUGCACUCCUCUUCACUACGCCUGCAAACUUGGCAUCCACGACUCGGUCAAAAACAUGCUGGGUCUCAAUAUCCCUCUGGGUCAAAAGUCACGGGAGAAGAAAUCGGCCCUUCACUUUGCUGCAGAAUAUGGGCGUAUAAACACAUGUCACAGGCUGCUGGAUUCCAUCACAGACUCCAAGAUGCUGAACGAGGGGGAUGACAAGGGUCUGACGCCCCUCCAUUUUGCUUCAAAGGGAGGACACACUCAAGUUGUUGAUCUGCUCCUUAGGAGGGGAGCUCUCUUUCAAAGCGAUUACAAAGGCUGGUCUUGUUUACAUCAUGCUGCGGCUGAGGGAUACACGCAGACAAUGAAAAUCCUCCUGGCUGCUAACGUUAAACUGCUGGAUUUGACAAAUGAAGAUGGGAACACAGCUCUGCACGUUGCUGCCCAAGCGGGUCAUGUAGGGGCUAUUAUAUUGUUAUUGAACAGAGGAGCUGAAAUGACUCUCAACAACGCAGACAGCUCCUUCCUGCAUGAGGCCGUGCGCAGCGAAAAAAAAGAUGUAGUGAAUGCCGUCAUCGAACAUGAGAGGCUUUCUGAGGCAAUACAGACAUUCAAAAAGGGAACAUCAACGUCCCGCUGCGUUGUGAUAGACCUCGUAGAAUUCCUCCCAGAGUCUUUCAAGCAUCUUCUAGAUCUGUGCGUUGAGGAGUCAGACCAUGAUGCCAACAGUCCAGACUACCACAUGACGUAUGAUUUCCAGUGGCUUCAGGCUCCCAUACAGCUGAAGAAGUUUGCAGAAGCAGACAAAACUAUGAAAUUCCUUCCACUGGCAGCUCUUAAUGCCAUGGUGCAAUACAACCGACUGGAGCUUCUGACUCACCCCUUGAGCCAAAAAUACCUGGAGAUGAAGUGGAAAGCAUAUGGCAGCAAGGUUCAUUUGCUCAACCUGGCUAUAUAUCUGCUUGGCUUGUUGCCGCUCACGUACCUCAUUCUUAGUCUGAGACCGUGCCAGGACUUUUCAACCAAUUCUACAUCUGUCACCAUGGUGCCUGUAUCUUUCAAAGAGCAAAAAUAUUUAAUCUCAGUCUGUAUAAUCAUGGUGUGUGUCAUGAACGUAUACGCCAUUUGUAAAGAGCUGGUGCAGUUGGCUCAGCAGCGAAUAAACUACUUCACCGACUAUUCUAACCCUGCUGACUGGACAUCCGCCAUAAGCUCUCUGGUCUUUGUUAUUCCCAUGUGCCUCAAUCUAGAAAAUACAUGGCAAUGGGAAGCUGGAGCUGUGGCAAUCCUGACUUCAUGGGUCAGCUUUCUGCUGUACUUCCAAAGGUUUGAGCGAAUUGGAAUUUACGUGGUCAUGUUUGGCGGGAUCAUUAGGACCCUGGUGUGCACCAUGGUUCUCUUUAUCUUCCUCCUGCUGGCAUUUGGCUUGGCCUUCUACGCUUUGAUGCUUCACCGCGCCGAGUUCAGCUCCAUCAGCCUCGCUCUCGCUCAGACCUUCGUAAUGACAGUGGGAGAACUGAACUACCAGAGCACAUUUCUGGAAUCUUUUGAAAAUGGCCGGAUGGCGUUUCCCGGGACCACCUAUUUAGUCUUUGUGCUUUUUGUCCUUCUAAUGCCCAUCCUCCUCAUGAACCUAAUGAUCGGUCUGGCAGUGGGAGACAUUGCGGAGGUACAGAGAAACGCAGAAUUAAAAAGGAUAGCCAUGCAGAUUGAUCUUCACACAACCCUAGAAGAGAAGCUCCCAUACUGGUUCCUAAAGCGAGUGGACAAACCCACCAUCACUGUCUAUCCCAAUAAAUGCAAGAAAGUCUUGUUACAAGUCUUGGUAGACGGCGAGAUCCAAAACACAGUUCGCACCCGUUUGAACCUCAAAUCCGGUCAAGGAGGACCUCUGGAGAGAGAUCUGCACAAACAGAAGAGCAGGUUGAAAGAAAUGUCCAGAAUGCUGGAUAAGCAACAUAACCUGCUGAAGCUGAUCAUACAGAAGAUGGAAAUCACGUCCGAAGCUGAUGAAUAUGACGGCCCGCAGAACCUCAGAUCUCUGAGAUAUCCCUCUUGCUCAUCAUAUCAGAAGUCAAAGUGGGUCCCUCUGAUGCAAGCUCUUCGGACGAGGAAGUGACAUCAGAGAUGGUGGCGUCAUAAUUUAUAAAACAAAAACUGUUUACUUUGCAGUCAUUUCCCAUUACUUUUUAAUUAUGUAUUAGUGUUUAGCAGUUCGUUUUCUCUCCUGUUUGGGUUUUACCGACCACGUCUGGUAGUUUACUGUGCGGUUUAUAUCUUGUGGUGUAAGUGUAAUUGUGUAGAUCAUAAGAUCACUGAGGUCCUUUGAGCUUUUGUAUUUACAGUGCGUAAUGUAUUUGUAAGGUCACACUUGUAUAUAGAUUCAGUAGUGAAGAAGUUGCACUUACAAGCUUUUAAUACAGCCAUGUAAAGCAUCAAACAUACAGAUUUAUUACCCACAUUUGCACUCGAUGAGUAGAACAAUUAUUAUGUGCAUUUUAUUGCCCUUGUGACCGCUGAGACGCUUUCUCAUACACUCAUUUCAAAGUGCUUCUGCCAGAGGGGAGCGCAAGUGUGUAAUCCCCCAUUUUUUGUUUUAACAACAUCAGGAUGAAAUUCCCAUUACAUAAAACCAUCAUGUUGAUCGCGUUGUCCAUGGUGAUGUCACAGACUUUAACAUACAUCAGUCAUGCUGGGAGUAGAUUAAGACGUGCACCUGCAAAAGCCAAAACGAUGUAAAACUGAAUUUGUGAUUUUGCAUGCACAUCAAGAUGUAAUAAAUUUGAUGACAGGCAACACAAUAACCAGAUGGGACGGAUUCGCUUUAGUACUUCUCCCUUAAUGCAAUACUAAAAUAUAUUUAUUGCAAUUCGCUUGACCAGUGGAAAACCAAAACAAUCAAGUAAAGAAAAUAAUCUUAUGAUUAUUAUAAAAAAAAAUGUUAUGGUGGAAAGUGUGCAGGCCACCCAUAAAAUCAUAAUUUUCUGACAUUACAACCUGAUCAGCUGUUCUCAAAAGCAGGUUUUGGUGACAAAUGCUUUUGAGAGUGAGAAAGAGAGAUUCUCAUCUGUCAUGUGCUCAGUGCCGUAUAGCAUUAGGAGUUUAUAGCGCACAAAUACAUCACUUCCUUUUCUUAAGGGUAUAGACAGCAAAACAUUUCUCAGUACCCAGCUCUUAGCGAGUCUGAUCUCAGAUAGAUUGUGUUCACGUUCACAAUGUGAUAUCCUGAUCACAGGUUAGUGAGUAGUGUCAUUCAAUCUCUGUUUCUUUCAAUGAGUGUGCAAAUUAAUCAUGGUGGUUUGCAGUAAAUGGCACGAUUUUGUUUUCUCUGAAGUUGUUGUGUUGUGUUUAUGUCAUGAAAACAUGUCUUCAUUAUAAACACUUUACUAUAUAUACACACAAACAUAAAGGUUGUUUUGAGAUGGGGCUGCUCAAUUAUGACAAAAAUCAUCUAGUUUUAAUCUAGUUUUUUAUUUUAUUUUGGCCAAUAUUGAGAUGAUGAUAAAUGUUUAAAAAGCUGAACUGCUGUAGAUCCUUGUGAAAUAAA